UCGUCACGUCACGCGGCUCGAAGGCUCGCACAGCUGUAGCUUCACGUUGAACCAACCGCGUCCGCCUCGUUGUCUUCUAUCAAGAAGCGCUGUGUUCAUUCAGCGUAGCUUGUCUGACUGAAGCGAAGGAGAAAACCUGAACACGAGAGCGAGAGGAAAGUUAUGAAGCUCCUGUCAUCGGUUCUGGAGCCGAAGAGGCUGAAGAGACGGUCUGUCUGUGAGAAGGAAGAAGAAAGAUCGAACCUCCGCAACGAUUAUUAGCUACUUCCAUCACUUCGGUUACUGUUUUGUUGUUUUUCGGAGUUUUGGGUGAAUAAGAGGUUUAUCUGCGUGGUGUGUGUUGUAGUGACUUACUGAAGCGGACGGACUGUGUGUGUGUGUGUGUGUGUGUCUGUGUGUAUACAGACCACAUUUGCUUCUCACAUGUUCAACGUUUGCAUCCGAGACAGAGAGAUGGAAAGUCCGCUGACAGUGUUUCUUCUUACUUAACAAGAUCCAGCUGUUUUCACACAGUGGACCAUACAGCCUUCACCCUGUCCCUUCUUCUGGGAUCAGGGUAAGGGCGAUCUAAAAAUGCUCCAUAACAAUACCUGUGAGAACAUCACCCAAAUCCUUGUGGAGAAGAACCCAGGGAACCUGGUAGUGAGUGCUAUUAUGUUCCUGGCCGGUGUGGUGGGCAACCUACUGGCGCUGGCUAUCCUUGGCUUUCGCCAGAAAGAACGUCGAGCUAAAUCAUCUGUUUUCUGCAUCCUGGUGACGGGGCUGGCUCUGACGGACCUGGCUGGUACAUGCUUGCUCAGCCCACCUGUAUUUGUCUGCUACGCGCACAGCACCUCUCUGGUGGGGUUGACUGGAGAUAUGCGGCUGUGCAGCCUCUUUGCCUUCGCCAUGACCUUCUUCGGCCUGGCCUCUAUGCUGAUACUUUGUGCCAUGGCGGUGGAGCGCUGCCUGGCCAUCAGCCACCCAUACUUCUAUUCCAAGCAUGUGCGCCGCAGGUUUGCAAAGGUUGUGCUCGUCCUCAUCUACCUCUUCACGUGUGCCUUCUGCCUGCUGCCUUUCUUCGGCUUUGGACGCCACAAGCAGUACUGCCCUGGCACAUGGUGCUUCAUCAAGAUGGAGGCCGAGGGCGAAGGCAAGGAGGAGGAGAUACAGACACUGUCCUUCUCUCUGUCCUACGCCGUGCUUAUGGCUCUGCUCAUCGCUGUGGUCUUCAUGUGCAACGGCUCGGUCAUUGUCAGCCUGUGCCGCAUGCACCGCAGCCAGAUGACCCGUCGUGGCUCAGUGGUCUCGGCUGGACGGAAGAGAAGAGUGAGCUCCUGGUUCAGUCAGGGCGAGGAGGAGAUGGACCACUUGGUGUUGCUGGCCUGCAUGACCAUCAUCUUUGUUAUCUGUUCGCUGCCGCUCACUAUAUUUGGGUUUGUCAACGCUGUCAGCCCAGUAGGCAACGACCAGCAGAAUCUUCUAGCAUUCCGAUUCUCCGCCCUCAACCCUGUGGUGGACCCCUGGGUUUUCAUCAUCUUCCGCAAGUCUGUCUUCCAGAGUGUUCGUGCAUUCUUCUGCUGCCACUUCCGUAGGGCAGCAGUGAAGGCCACGCCCCAUAGCGGUUUAUCAUUUCCCCUGCAGAGCACAGGACCUGCGAAAUCUGCUGCUCUUCAGAGCAAGACUUACUUAAACAUCCCUCAGUGAUGGACACUGAAGUGGAGCUGUGGACGAUGCUGGACUCUGGAGACUUCAUUAGUGGAAAAAUGAAUAUCAUCCAGGAACAUCCAGGAACUACUUUGAAGGGUAUAUGAAAAGAGAUGUUGUACAGUAUCCCAGAAAGGAUGCUUUCUCCCAAAGCUACUGAAAGAGAUAAUAUGUGUAAAUACAGGACUGAGGCUUCUGAAGGCCUAUGUGUACACGUCUCAGCAUGUGAAGCACAAACCAUGCUGAGUCCCAUUACUGACUGCACUGAAUGCACUGAAUUUACUUGAUUUAAAUGUGAACAUUAUGUACUUCAUGAAUAAAGUACACUACAUUAACACAUCAUUGCCAAAAAUAAAUUGAGAGACACCCUUCAUUUAUUGAAUUGUCACUAAUUGAUUUCAGAAACAGCUUCUUUUUUUGGAGACCUGCUUUCAGUUUUUCUAAUGAACCUGCCGAGAUAUUUUCCCACACCUCCAAAGUUCAGUCUUAGGAGUUCGUUGCAUUUUCUCUUUCUCACGAUUCAAAUAAUCCCAAACACAUUCAAUCAUGUUCAAGUCUGGACACUGGGGCGGGCAGCCCAUUGUUCUGGGAACACCAGCAGCAUUUUUGUUUGAUUCUCUCUUUACUUUUCUCAGUAAAAGCUUCUUGUCAGCUACACAUCCUUUCAGACCCAUAUCGUUAUCUUCUCACAGUGGAAUGAUGGACAGAAUUUUUUUUUCAAACGAGUGGAGUUGAAUUUCUUAAAGAUAAAAGCUUAAAGUUCUAUUUGGAUACAGCUUUGCUGGUCUAUCAGGUCUUGCACAGUUGUUAGUUGUUAAACGUUUUCUAUAUAAUUUUUUUAAACUACAGUCUUGACAAGUUCUGUUUUAUCAGGACUUUUUAUUUUUAUUUUGACUUGGAUUGUCUUAUACUGUAUCUCCUCAGAAUUUUUUCCUGAAAAUGAUAACUUAAACUUAACGACUAGAAAUUAUGAAGGGUGGUCUCUCACUUGCGCAGUACUUGUAUCAGAUAAAUUCAGUGCAUCAUGUUUUUUCAGUGUGAGCACUGAACACUACUUCAGAGCUUUAGAAUAGAACUAUUGGUGUCUACACUCUAGAAUAAGUGGCCCAUUUACACGUAAGGCAUAUGGGAUGCAUUCAGCUUCAGAAAGUUGGUGAUGUAUAGUUAGUACCAGACAAAAUGGCUCCAAAGAUCAAAGGUUGAACUGUUGAAAGUGGUUGGCAUCAUGACUAUUGUAACUUUGUUGUACAGUAUAUUAAAUAUUGUAUUUAAAUAAGAAGUGUCCUUUCCCAAUAUGAAAGCAAAAGCUGGUGAUUGUUUAGUUUAGUGCCUGCAUGUCAAAUAAAGUGAGAAGAUUCCUACUUGAA